AAGCGCUGAUAUCCUGGUAUGAGAAUUUGGGCUUUCUAGAAGUAGUUUUCUAGAAACAGAAAUAUUUUAAAUGAAACUUUCUAGAAAACACGUCCUCUUAUUGGAUACCGACGAGUUGAAGCAUUUUGUAAAUUUGAACGCAGUGAAUUUUCCAUUGGAAAUUGACAUGAAAUUGAAACUAACCUAAAAUAUUUGCGAGAGAGAGAAAGAAGAAAAGAAAAAUUUGUAUUAUUAUGUUAUCUCUUUAUUACGAAUUUACUUGAAUACUGAUAUAUAUGAGAAGAAAGGAAAAAAUCAAAAUUGGUGAUGGGAGAAAAAAAUUGGAAGGAUUGGAGACCUUUUGUAUAUGGAGGCUUAGCUUCCAUUGUCGCAGAGUUGUGUACUUUCCCUUUGGACACAACAAAAACACGUUUGCAAGUACAAGGUCAGAAAUGUGAUGAAAAACUUGCACGUUUAAAAUAUUCUGGCAUGACCGAUGCUUUAAUACAAAUAUCUAAACAAGAAGGAAUAAAAGGUUUAUAUUCUGGAAUUAGCUCUGCAAUUUUACGACAAGCAACAUAUGGAACUAUAAAGUUUGGGACUUACUAUUCACUUAAAAAAGCAGCGAUUGAUACUUGGGCAACAGGAGAUUUAGUUACAAUAAAUAUUGUUUGUGCAGCAUUAGCUGGAGCUAUAUCAAGUGCGAUUGCUAAUCCUACUGAUGUAGUAAAAGUUCGUAUGCAAGUCACUGGCAAUAAAAGAAAUGUAUCUCUGUUUACUUGCUUUCAAGAUGUAUAUAAGUAUGAAGGUGUUCGUGGACUUUGGAGGGGUGUUGGACCGACUGCUCAACGUGCAGCUGUUAUUGCGGCUGUAGAAUUACCCAUAUAUGACUAUACCAAGAUUAAAUGUAUGAGUUUAUUGGGAAAUAGCGUUAGUAAUCAUUUUCUAUCUAGUUUUGUAGCUAGUAUGGGAAGUGCUGUAGCUUCAACGCCUAUAGAUGUAAUUCGCACCCGAUUGAUGAAUCAAAAGAGGGUGCACAUAGCUAGUACAACGCCUUCACCAUACAUUUACAAAGGCAGUAUAGAUUGUUUGGUUCAGACGAUUAAAAAUGAAGGAGUUCUAGCACUGUACAAAGGUUUUAUACCAACGUGGUUCAGGAUGGGACCGUGGAAUAUUAUAUUUUUUAUUACCUAUGAGCAAUUGAAACAGUUGUGAUUCAUCUUCGACUAUUAUGUUGAAAAUAUUUAAAUUCUUCACUGCGAUAAGGUCUGGAAAUAUAAACAUCAUUAUAUUAUGAACUUAACAUUACUAUCUGAUAAUUUCAAUUGUAUAUAAUUCUUUAAAUGUGAAAGUGACUAUUGAUUAGUUCCUUAAUGCCAUAUAAAAUAAGUAAUAUUUAAAGCACAUAAACGAAUUAGACACUGCAUUUUUCAUCGUUAAAGUAAUUGUAGAAAUAGGCACAAAAAAACCAGAUAAUGAAAGUAACCAGAAAAGUCGAAGAGCUUCCCAAAGUACAUACAAGCUUCCAUAAAUGAUAUUAAUUGAUAAAGAGUGUAAAGUUAUAUCUACAUUCAAUAUAUAUAAUAUUGCACAGUUACAGUUAUGACACAUCCAUAUACUGUUACAUGUAUGUUAUUUUUGAUCAAUUCGAUUUUUACAUAAUUUGAU